AUGCCGCGGGAUCCCCUCAUCGGCCUCGUCGGCAAGCCCUCCGCCGGCAAGAGCACGACGCUCAACAGCCUGACCGAUGCGACGUCCAAAGUUGGGAACUAUCCCUUCACGACUAUCGAUCCGCAGCGAGCCAUCGGCUACCUCCAGAUACGGUGCGCGUGCGAGCGCUUCGGCGUCAAGGACAAGUGCCGGCCCAACUACGGCUCCUGCGUCGACGGCCGGCGCUCCGUGCCGGUCGAGCUGCUCGACGUCGCCGGCCUCGUGCCCGGCGCCCACCAGGGCAAGGGCCUCGGCAACAAGUUCCUCGACGACCUCCGCCACGCCGACGCGCUCAUCCAUGUUGUCGACGCCAGCGGCCGCACCAAUGCCGAGGGCGAGAACACCCGCGGCUACGACCCCUCCCAGGACAUCGCCUGGCUCCGCAGCGAGAUCGUCGCCUGGAUCAAGGGCAACCUCUGGGAGCGGUGGGGCUCCAUCAAGCGGCGCCACGUCGCCGUCAAGGCCACCGCCGUCGAGACCCUCCAGGCCCAAUUCUCCGGCUACGGUAGCACCGCCGCCGUCGUCGCCCGCACCCUCGACCGCCUCGGCCUCAAGGAGCCGCUCGAGAGCUGGUCCGAGGAGACGGUCGACCGCGUCGUCGCCGCCUUCACCGACGAGAAGUUCCCCACCGUCAUCGCCCUCAACAAGAUCGACGACGCCGACGCCGACAAGAACAUCGCCAAGAUCGCCAAGAUGCAGGACCCCAACCUCGUCGUCGCCUGCUCCGCCAAGGCCGAGCUCUUCUUCCGCAAGAUGGCCAAGCAGGGCUACGUCCGCUACACCGAGGGCGGCGAGUUCGCCGACACCCGCGACGACCUCAUCGCCGACGGCGACCCCGAAGGCGGCGGCCUCCGCGAGCUCGACGACAAGAACCGCGCCGCCAUCGAGGAGUACCGCGACCUCAUCCUCUUCCGGUACGGCUCCACCGGCGUCGUCCAGGUCCUCGCCAAGGCCGCCGAGGUCCUCGGCCUCGUCCCCGUCUUCCCCGUCCGCAACGUCUCCACCUUCAGCUCCGGGUCCGACUCCCGCUUCGCCUUCCGCGACUGCGUCCUCGUCAAGAAGAACACGACCGUCGGCGACGUCGCCAGGAAGGUCAUGGGCGACGCGCCUAUCGCCUACGUCGAGGGCGUCGGCGGCGUGCGCGUCUCCGAGGACGCUAUCGUCUCCGUAGGCAAGAACGACGUUUUAUCAUUCAAAAUCGGAAGAGCGUAA